AUGCACGCGCUGCUGGAGCAGAAGGUGCACCGCGUGCCUGCGGGCCAGGUCGUCCGCAACUGCGAGGCGGAGGAAGGCGGCGACAGCGUGGAGGACGAGGGCGCCGCCGCGGCGGCCACAGCGGCCGCCGCCAUGGCGAUCGACGCCGCGUUUGGGGCCCUGGCGGCGGGAGGAGAGGGGGGCGGCGGCGCGGUGCUGCGGGAGGCGGCGGCGCAGGGGCUGGAGUUGCAUGUAGUCCUCGAGGGCGACCACCUUGCCGCUGCGGCCCACGGCCUUACGACCGGCUUCGUACACGGCGCUGCUGCCAUGCCACGCGGCUGCGCGGACGGCGGCGGCGGCGCGGGUGGCGAGCCGGGCGCCGCGGGCGCAGGCAUGUUUGGCCUGUCUGAUGCGGACGUCGACGCGGCGGAGGCGCGCAUGCUGCGACUCGCGCUUGGCACCGCCGCGGGGCCGGCGGGCACGGUGGAGAACAAUGAUGAUGGCGGCGGCGCCGCCGCCGCGGCGGCAGGCGUGGUUUGGCGGAGCCUGGAGCGCGGCAGGCUGCAGGCGGCCUGCGGGGAGGGGCUGGCGGCGGCGACGGCGGAGCGGCAGCAGCUGCUCGCCGGCUUCGCGGCGCUGCUGCCGCCGCGCGGCGCGGAGGCGCACGCGGGGGGCGUGCUGGCGCGGCGACACAUGGAGCAGCUGCCCGAGCGGGUCCUGAGCCAGCCUCCCCCCAAGCCGCGCCACUGA